CGGCCUCCCGUGAAGCCUCGCGCGGGGAAGGACCGGAACUCCGGCCCGGCGGCUUGUUGAGAAUAUGGCGGCAGGCGCUGCUGGGGCGUCGGGACGCUGCCGCGGGGCUCUCAGCCGGAGGAAGGGGCGCUCUCCGGGCUAGUGCGGAGGCCGCUGUGCUCCCGGGAGUCCGGGCCGGUUGCUGGAUGAGGGGAGCCGGGCCCUCCCCGCGCCAGUCCCCCCGCGCCCUCCGGCCCGACCCGGGCCCCGCCAUGUCCUUCUUCCGGCGGAAAGUGAAAGGCAAAGAACAAGAGAAGACCUCAGAUGUUACGUCACCUAAAGCCUCUGUAGCCGUACUUUCCCCACAAAAAAGCACGAAAAAUCAUGCCUUGCUGGAGGCUGCGGGACCAAGUCAUGUUGCAAUCAAUGCCAUUUCUGCCAACAUGGAUUCCUUUUCAAGUAGCAGGACAGCAACGCUUAAGAAGCAACCAAGCCACAUGGAGGCUGCUCAUUUUGGUGACCUGGGCAGAUCUUGUCUGGACUACCAGACACAAGAGACCAAAUCAAGUCUUUCAAAGACUCUUGAGCAAGUGUUACAUGACACUGUUGUUCUCCCUUAUUUCAUUCAAUUCAUGGAACAUCGGAGAAUGGAGCAUAUGGUUAAAUUUUGGUUAGAAGCUGAAAGUUUCCACACUACAACUUGGUCCCGAAUAAGAGCAUACAGUCUGAACACAGUGAAGCAGAGCUCUUUGGCUGAGCCUGUGUCUCCAUCUCUGAAGCAUGAAACUGCACUAACUUUUGCAACGGAGUCUCUUGGCAGGAGAUUGGAGGACUCUAGCUCAGCGCAGUUGCUGAUAACACAGUCAGAAGAAACUGACCUGAGUAGUAGAACUAGCAACGCCCAGAAUCACUUACUUUCCCACGAAUGGGAUAGUACACAUUCUCUCCAUCUUGAAAUGUCCAGAACAGUAACUGAUCAAGUUUCCAUUGAAACCCAAGAACCCUCCUCUAGACUUGCAGUAGCCAGUAGGAAUAGUCCUUGUUCGCCACUAAAGGAAUUAUCAGGAAAAUUAAUGAAAAGUAUAGAGCAAGAUGCAGUGAAUACUUUUACCAAAUAUAUAUCUCCAGAUGCUGCUAAACCAAUACCAAUUACUGAAGAAAUGAGAAAUGAUAUUAUAGCAAAGAUUUGUGGGGAAGAUGGACAGGUGGACCCCAAUUGUUUUGUUUUGGCACAGUCUGUUGUCUUUAGUGCAAUGGAACAAGAGCACUUUAGUGAGUUUCUGCGAAGUCAUCAUUUCAGUAAAUACCAGAUUGAAGUGCUGACCAGUGGAACUGUUUACCUGGCUGACAUUCUCUUCUGUGAGUCAGCCCUCUUUUAUUUCUCUGAGUACAUGGAAAAAGAGGAUGCAGUGAAUAUCUUACAGUUCUGGUUGGCAGCAGAUAACUUCCAGUCUCAGCUUGCUGCGAAAAAGGGCCAGUAUGAUGGGCAGGAAGCACAGAAUGAUGCCAUGAUUUUAUAUGACAAGUACUUCUCCCUCCAAGCCACACAUCCUCUUGGGUUUGAUGAUGUCGUUCGGUUAGAAAUCGAAUCCAACAUUUGCAGGGAAGGUGGGCCACUCCCUAACUGUUUCACAACUCCUUUACGUCAGGCUUGGACAACCAUGGAAAAGGUCUUUUUACCUGGCUUUUUGUCCAGCAACCUUUAUUAUAAAUACUUGAAUGAUCUCAUUCAUUCUGUCCGAGGAGAUGAGUUUCUGGGAGGAAAUGUGUCCAUGACUGCCCAUGGUCCUGCGGGCCCCCAUGAUAAUGUCCAGUCUGGUGGUUCCGACAGCUCAUCUUCUCAGUCCAGCAUGAAGAAAGCCAGUGUUAAAAUUCUGAAAAAUUUUGAUGAAGCGAUAAUUGUGGAUGCUGCGAGUCUGGAUCCCGAGUCUUUGUACCAGCGGACAUAUGCAGGGAAGAUGACCUUUGGAAGAGUCAGUGAUUUAGGCCAAUUCAUUCGAGAAUCUGAGCCUGAACCUGAUGUGAAGAAAUCAAAAGGAUCCAUGUUCUCACAAGCUAUGAAGAAAUGGGUACAAGGAAAUACCGAUGAGACCCAAGAAGAACUAGCUUGGAAGAUUGCUAAGAUGAUCGUCAGUGACGUCAUGCAGCAGGCGCAGUGUGACCAGCCAUUAGAGAAGUCAACAAAGCUUUGACUCAAGAUCUGCCAUAAAGGAAAUCUGCCUUCAAAAAUAAGAGAACUUUUUCCCUUUGGUUGGAAACUUCAGCGCAGUCCUGACAAGCACUGACACCCUUUCACUGCUCUCUCACUGCUGGGCGGACAAUCCAGGCUUCAGAGCGGAAUGACGUGUAGGCGUGACUGUUCACAAUGUUCACACAGGGGCAGUCAUGCAGAGACCAAGUAGUAUUGUUUACAUUACUAGAGAAUUAAUCGUUUUCCAGUGGCAAUAACUCGUUUGUGAGAGCGUUUUAGUCCCCUAGAAUGGACAGGGACCACAAACUGUGGGAGGCAGAUGACAGAGGGUUGGUAUUUGGUGCACACCUGUGGCGGGAGCCACCCUAGCAGCAGCAGGAAGAGGCACCAGAGGUGCUCGCUCUGGCCUCCUGAGACGGAGUCAGGAGGGGGAGUCUGAGCGCCAGCAGCUGGGCAUGGCGGUGUGGUGCUAGCUGGUGUUUUUUUUCCAGCUGGGUAAAGGCUCCUUGCAGUCCGCCUUCAUGGAGGCAUUCAUUUGGAAGGAAGCUGACAGAUGAGUGUCAUGAUACUGUCCUUCCCUUUGGUGACAGGAUACGGUUUUCACAUUUUGAUUGCUCCUGAGGUGCAGUCUGCUUGAACUAGGUCUCCCUUGCAAACAAAAAGAUGCCUCUACUCGACUUUGAGCAUUAAGACUAACUCUUCUGGAAUGCUGCACUCCAGAUAGCUAAUUUUUCCUUCAGAAAGCGUUUGGAAAGGAAUUAAAUGCUAACGUCACUCCAGUUUCUUCCUGUGGUACACUGAGUAAAAUGUCUAUUUCCAGGUUGUGCUUUCUUUUUUAAAGGUGGGUGAAUAGGGGUGGGGGGGAGGGAAGAUUUCAGCUUUGGCCCCCUCCCCUUUCUUUUCUUUGAGCUGGGAAGUGUGCAGCGACAGCCCUUCAUCCUUCUAUCCUGGGAACAGUAGGAGACGCCCUCACUGUCCUCUGAACCUUGCAGCCAUCAGCGGCUACCUUGGCAGGCACACUUCCCUGGCUAAGCAGUGCCAAGGCCUUCUCAUCUCAUGUGACAGAGGGGAAAGAGCAUUCAUUCUUUUAGGUGUUAAUGCUUUUGCUCAGACUUCGCAAAAAACACAAAAAAUUAUAUGAAUAUAUAUGAUUACUAAUCACCUCUGUACUUGAGAAAGUCUUGAAUGAAUAGAAAAUUUAUUUCAUUGCAAUAUUUGAUUGUUUAGAGGCACACUGUUUCAUCAACAGAAGCAACAAGUCUAUGUGUAAGUUUUUGGUACUAUGUACCACCUCUGUUAUUCUAAAGCAAAGUAUUCAUGUACUUAAACCAUAUUCUAUUUAAUUGUGUUUGAUUUUAAAAUAUAUAUAUGAAUUAUAUUUAAAAUUGUGUCAACUUUCUACUUUCAGGGCAUUUAUGGCUCUCCUAUUUAUUUGAAAUGUGUUGAUUCUUCCCGAUAUUUCACUUGUUUUACAAACACCCAAACCAUGAGCCAUUACUAGAUUUACCUUUGUGUUUGGAGUGUACAGCAUAGAGCUGAAAUUUACUUAGGUGUACUUGAUGUGAGUAACUAAUUUUGUUCUUUUCCAUCAGCCUCAUUUUGCUGCAGUCUUUAACAAAAAGCAGUAAUAAGGUUAUAGAAUAAAGUAUAGUUUGGGGUAAUCUUCCCACCUUUGCAUGUUUUGGAGUAACAGUAUCUGUGAGACUGUAGGCUAUUUAAUCCAGUGCUUUCAUUUAAGAUAAUGUGUAGUCAUUUCUUUGUAGACAUUUUGUGCUGCUAAGAUGGAGCUUUCAGUAGUUGUAAGAUGAAAAAAAAAAUAACAAGCUUGAGAUUUCAGUUCUCUCCCUCAUCUGCAAUGGAACACAGCAGCACUGUAGUCUGAAUUUUUGUUAAGGUUUAAUAUUUGAUUUAAAGUAAAUCCUUUGCUUAUUUUAAAAUUAGAACUAGAUUCAUCUGAUAUCAAACUCUGACUCUGUGUUUCCGGUGCCAUACCUGUACCCACAAAAUAGAAUUCUUUGUCAAGGUGUUUAUAGAUUUAAAGAUUUAGUUGAACCUCCAUCUUUUUCCUGUUGUUGACAUCAAUUCAGUUAUUCAAAAAGAUCAUUCUAGAUAUGAAUCACAUAUGCCUUGCAUGUGCAAGAUCCUGAAUUUGACCCUAGCACCUCUUAGCCUCCCAGUGUUGCUCAUUGUAGCUCCAGUGGUCCUAGAACUUCUAACUCCUAAGACCAAACUUCCCUUUGGUCCCACCACAAUCCCCAAAAAAGAGAAAGUGAGAAAAUAAUACCUUUUGUAAUAUUAAAGAUGUGUUCAUCACUUCUUAUUAAAAAGGAAAUGUCAACCAAGUCCAGUGAAGAGCGGUACAGUCAGGAACAGAUUUUUAUAACCUUUUCUACUAGGGUUUCAGUGUUCUGUAAACCUGUAUGAAAUGUAAGAAAUUUUUAAUACUGGAACUGUGACUCGUUAAGCGACAUUUUUUGGAAGUGGAAGGUUACUCAAUUGCAGCAAAUGACAAACUUGAUUAUUUUUUUAUAAGUACUUGUAGCAAAGCACAUGGUGACACUGUUGGGAAGUGGGCCCUGCCUGCCACACACAGCGGCUGCUCUGACACCUCUUGUAGUGACACCUCUUGUAGUAUCGAGUGGGCAUCAGAUUGGCCCCAAUGAGGGCUUCUGCUCCUUUCCUUCCCCCACCUCAUCUAAAUGGGCCAAAGAAAACAUUUUAUGUUUAUGAUUUUGGCGGGGCAACCAAAGAGUGAAUUUUAUAGGGGGAGGAAGAAUGCUGGGGUGAUGUGUUUGGAUGGGACACUUAGAAAGUCAGGACUAUGAGUGUUGCACAAACAGAGACGUUUCUAAGUAGAAAUACAGACAUAAGCAAGGACUUAUGGGACAACCAAGGACUUGCUUCUGAUUCUAGACCCGCAGCCUCUUUGUGGACUCCAGAUCCCUCAGGUGUCCUUAUAAUGCAUUUGGGCUUUUUUAUAAAACCAGACUAAAGUGAGUUUUAUUUAACAAAAGGCACCUGACUUUAAUACUACCAAAAUGCUCUGAUUUCCAAUGAUUUUGUACAUUUGGUGUGAUUUCCAAGUACCACUGAAUUCUGGAGAAUAUUUCAUCAAAUCUUCAUUGGUUACUUGUAUAUUUUCUCCAAAGUGGAAUACUAAACAAUGGAGUCAAAGAUACUCCCUUAUUUUUACAGUGAGGACUUACUGUGACCCAGGAAAAAGGUCUUUGACCUGUUGUGAGCUCCUUACCAAUAGGACUGCUGGCAUUUUGCACCAUGGCCUUUUCAUGCUUCCCAACAUUGUUGUGAAGAAUAAGCACUCUCCCGCUUUUAUAUUUCUGUUAGUAACUGAUGCAAACUUAAGAUAACGGACAGCAGUAAUCACUACAAAAUUUAUCAGUGAUCACCUAGCUACAGCCAUAACUCUUGAAAGAUUCAACUUAGGAUGCUUGCACUAACAAUUCCCCUCUGUGACCUUCUACAAACAAAUACUCUGAGCACUGAGGUGGGCUUUUCUUCUGGGGCAGGACUAGGAAUAGGUUGGAGGAGAACGUAUGGAAGUACGGGUUUUGAACAGGUAGAAAUAAUUACAAAGGACAUUUAAGGGACCCUGUGUGUGAGGGAAGGCAUUCAUGUUCAGGGAAAGAAAAGCCCAUCAGCUUGCUCUGCACAUGGUGUGGUGACUAUUUCUGCCUAGUGGUUCUAUUUAGUCUGUUCCCAUCAGACCUCUGCCGUGGCACGGAGGGUGUCAGGACCACUGCAGUAAUGAAGCCCCUGCCCUAAUGGGAGUGGUUGCCCCCCAUCUCCUCCAGAACUGCUCCUGAGUGGGACCUGUGUCGCACUCGAGGAACACAGGCUGGGACAGCUGGGCUUUUGACCCUGGGUGGGUCGUGAAGGUUUGGCACCGAGAAAAUGGCUCUAGCUUGAAAGGAACUGUGAUUCGUCAAGGAAGCAGUGAGAGAUGAUAAGAUAACUUAUUACCCUCCUUCAGAUAUCCAGGUCUCUCAGAUAUGCCAAGACUCCCGUCUCACUGCUGAUCUCUGUGUACCUCAGCGUAGGAAUCCCAUGUGCUGUGCAGACGGUGGAAAACUCUCCUUUUAGUACUUGAGCAUAGCUGGCAGCCUUCCAUGCCCCCAGCUCUUGGUGAACAAACAGCAAGCUUCUGAUGAUAAGCUUUUUAGUUUAGCAAAUAUCCCCCUGUUCAGAAGGAUGUGAAGGAUCAUAAAGUGCCAGGCACUGUUUAUAUGCAGGGCCACAGGAAGGAAUACAACAAAUUUCCAGCCAGUUGGAAUUUCUAGUCUGCUGAAGAGGAGAUAGAAUUGGAAGUCCUGUCUAAAAUGUGUGCUCAUAUUUUUAACUCCAGAACCCAUUUCCUCCUGGAUCAUGCUUGCCAUCCCCAGAGGAAGCUAUAACUGGGGCUUAGAGGUAGAAAAGAGGGGCCUGAGAAAGAAUCACCCUUUGCCUUCGCCGUUUUGCCUGCACAGCCACUGGUCCUUCAGGGACUGUGCCUUUCCGUUCCCUCCCAAGGUUAGGCUCACUCAGCGGGGUGCUCCUGGUGACGAGUGGUGUGCACCGCAAUCUCUGCAGCCCACAAGACACGUCUCUGAGUCUAACAGAACUCAGAAGAGAGUAAUCACAGCACUCUAGGAAGCAGUGGUUAAUUUCCCAUGGAGCUUUACGAUGUGAAAUUUGAGUAACUAGAAGCAAAAAAUAAAUGUUAGCUGAAUGUAUAUUAAGAUGCAUGCCUUGUACAGUGUGCGCCAUCGCGCUGACCUCACGAGACAGGCAGUUUCCGAGGCCCCUUUGGGGCCAGGAGCCAACAGCCUGAGUACCUCUGUGCCAGGCUGAACCCCAGUUCCUCCUUACGAUUGUCUUAGACAGUAAGGACCCCUUAUUCUAAGUGAAACAAGUCGAAGCGAUAAAGGAGCUUCUGCAAGACCUCACAGCCAGGAAUCAAAUGAAUCAAAUGCAGGCAGUGAAGCUAUUGCCCCACACUUGGACUCCUUUUCCUCUGCAGCUUAUCGGUACUCAGGGCGGUCGAGCAGGUGUCAGAGAGACACAAGGAAAGCCGGAAGGGUUGUGACUUUAGAACUGAAAGCAUUCCUUCUGUUACCUGAAAGCGGGGGUUAUUGAGCUGUCACAUGCCUCAGCAGCUCCUGGAAACCUGUUAAAACAGAUCACAGGGCCUGCCCCCCAGAGUUUUCAGUAGGUGUUAGGAAAUGGAGUCUUUUGCAUUUUGAACAGAUUCCCAGAUGUUGCUGCUCGUCAGAUCCCUCAAGAAUCUGCUUUUAAAAAUCUUUCCUUUUGGGGCUGGAGUGAUAGCACAGUGGGUAGGGCGUUUGCCUUGCACACGGCCGACCCGGGUUCGAUUCCCAGCAUCCCAUAUGGUCCCCUGAGCACCGCCAGGGGUAAUUCCUGAGUGCAGAGCCAGGAGUAACCCCUGUGCAUUGCCAGGUGUGACCCAAAAAGCAAAAAAAAAAAAAUUUUACGGGGAGUUCCCGGGUAUCACAGAAGUGUCACUAAAGAUCCCUGUUCACAAGUCACGCACAGGGGCCUGUAAUAGUAUUUCGAUGUCUCUCAAGGUCAAAGACAUUUCAGAAACUACCCCACUUUCUCCAUCACUGGAAGACUAUAUAGACCUGAGACCUUCAAGGUACUGCCCUGCCCCCUGCUUCGCUAAAGUUCAAGAAAGCCACUGGAGGGGCUGGAGCGAUAGCACAGCGGGUAGGGCGUUUGCCUUGCACGCGGCCGACCCGGGUUCGAUUCCCAGCAUCCCAUAUGGUCCUCUGAGCACUGCCAGGGGUAAUUCCUGAGUGCAGAGCCAGGAAUAACCCCUGUGCAUUGCCAGGUGUGACCCAAAAAGCAAAAAAAAAAAAAAGAAAGCCACUGGCCAGUCUCAGCCUUAUCUAGUUCUCCAGCCCCAGUGCUGCUGACAUUCUUCCUCCACAGCCUAAAUUUUAGAUGGUUGGCAUCACACCCAUUGAAACCUUUUGCACAAAUUUAUGUCUAAUUGUGUCCCCCUCAGAACACACCCCACACACACACUUUAUACCAACUAACUUCUUUUUUUUUUUUUUUAAUUUAUUGCCAACUAACUUCUGAACUCUUCACCAUGGCUUCCAAGUCCACCUCCUCUGCACACUGGUACCUCAUUUCCUUCCUUGUCCUCCUUGUUUUCCUUCUCCCUUCUGUUAAAUGCCUGUUGUGGUUGCUGAGAAAGCAGCUUUCUCAGGACAUGCCUUUCCUCCUUCCUGUUUGGAAACUGACAGUUCUUGUAAUGAGUUGGGGGGCUUGCUGCUCACCCUCUUUUGUGAUUCAUAGAUCUGGUCAUCAUGUACCUUUCCCCUCAAAAUACCAGUUUCGAAGUUCUGACCUGUGCAGGCUGUCCCGUCCCCUUGCCCCAUAGCUAACCAGGAUCCUGUGUCCGUGUUGACCACGGCAGCCACUAGAUCAGCCCUGCCUCCAUUCCUUCCCGCCCUCCAUUGUCACACGGAGGCUCUCUCUGCUUUCCAUCCUCCCGUUUCCACCCAAAAAAAACACUGUCCAUGUGACAAUUCACCCACCCACACAAAGGCCGGCCUCUUUGGCCUUCCUCAUCCAGGAAUGAUGUUUUACUCUGCAGUUGCACCUCUUAGCCAGACUCAUCUCCUGCAGCUGCUCUACCUCUGGUUCCUGCUGACGUUUUAGCGCACAACCACCACAAAGAACGCAAGUCAUGUUCACUUCCCGAUUUCCUCCUAUUGGGAUGGGUUAACAAGGGGAGGGAAGAAACUUGGUGAUAAGUCCAGGAGAUAAUCGCCUCACUAUCAGAGUUCUUAUAAACCAGCCAUUCAAAGAGCAAUUUUAAAAGCAAUAAUUUUGUUGUAAGGAUUAUAAAUGCACUAACAUCAUAAGUUAGGAAUAUGACUUAAUCACUGUCCAAAAAGUGACUUCUACCAAACUUAGAGUGACAGUGUGUGUGCAGUGUCAGAGAAAUAUUUUUUAAAUGUAUCUCAAACAACUUAGCUUCAAAUGGAGAUAGACUUCAAGAAACUAUGGCACAUAAAAUAAAGAUGUGGAUGUCCAAGAUGCACACAGAGUUUGAAAAAUAUGUACUUGAAAUGUGAGAAUAGGGCUAAAGCAAUAUUCUGUACCUAUGGCUGUAUAUAAUGUUAUUUUAAAUAUGCAUGUGUAACUAAAUAAAUAAGAUUAUAAUUAGA